GUUUGUGUUUGUGUCUAUGUGGUGACCCAUUUUGAGAAAGCAAAAACCAAGAGAAAAGACAACAACAACCACAAGAUGUCGAGUGUGUUUGUGUGUGUGCAUAUAGCAUAGGAAGUGAAAAAGUAAAGGGCAACAGACUAUGGCUAUGGAUGCACGCCGGCAAAAGCGUCUUGGCCCAGCGCCAAUUGCGUCGUUCGAGAAGUCAUUUGAGGACAAUGCGACGACAAAUGUACAGCAGCAGCAGCAACAACAACAACAACAACACCAGCAACAAGAGCAAAUGCCUCCUGCCUCUGGAAUGAUGAUGGAGCAAACGCUGCGUAAACAGACAACGAUGACAGGGACAGGGACAGGAACAGGAGGGACAGGGUCGGGAGGAGUUGUGAGUAGCGUUGUUAGUGAUGAAGCGCCAAGCAUAUCAGGCGGCACUGGCCCCAGUGGUUCAUCAUCGUCAUCAAGCGCCUCUGCCUCGUCCACAACCUGUUCAGCCACUACAGUUGCCAAGCAACGUCCACCGCCUCUAAAAACGGCCACGACAACGGUCACCACGACUUUGGUCAGUAGCAAUGAGGGUGGACAACCAUUGCCACCCACCGCUCAAGGCUAUGGCAGUGGCGGUGGCGCCAAUAGCUAUCGUGGCACUGCCACUCUAACAACACCAUCAACGCCACGCAUCGAACUGAGUCGAGCAUCAAGUUCAUCGCAUCACGAGGAGGACAGUCGCGAGAGUAGCCCGGAAAAUGUGUUUGACCAGGUCGGCACUGGCACCCUACAGGAAACAAUUGGUCUGGGAUUUCGCGAAGAAGGCGCCUUGGAGUUACGUAGUUCUACGGAAGAGUUAUACUUUAUGGAUCCCGAUCAAAAGAAAGAGGAGCAGGAGCGUAUACAGCAACAACAACAACAACAGCAGGCCAAACGUUCAUCGCCACACAUUUUUAAAUUUGAUGACCAUCAGAGCUAUCUGCAGCAGCAUCAACGCAAAGACUCGGCCAGUUCAGAGGUUGCCGCUUUAUUAUGCAUUUCCGGACGAACUAGUCGAAUUUCCAGUGUAGGCAGUCAGGGCUCGGCAGUUAGCCGCCUCUCAGCCGUUUCCGGUGUUUCACGUUCACCUUCGCCACAUCGUAUGCUAUUGGAGACAUCGUUCUGUGGCCCCAAGCCCGUCGAGCAUGGAGCUGGUGUAGCUGGUGCUGGGGGAGCAAGUAAUGCCUCCACUGCACCCAGUUCGAAUCACAGUUUGGGCGAGGUGUCUGCCGUGGAACAAUUGUUACUGGCACGUAAACAUGAUCCCACCCAGGUGGUUUUAGCCGAGGGCAUACAAGUUCAACCCUCGACAUCUAGCUCAACCACACGUCGCAGUAAGCCCAGUACCCUGGCUGCCCAGCAUCAUAACGGUGAAUCGAAGACGACGAGAGCAAGUGCAAGCAACUCUCUAACGUCCAGCAACGUUAUGGGGGGUCAACGGCGCAGCACUAAGAGUCCAGGCCAGAUGGUUAUCGGCAAAACGCCAAGCGGCACGGAGUACAUACGCAUCAAUUUACGACCUGAUCACAUGUACAGCGACAAAGGCAUUGCAGCCAAUGAACGAGUGGUGGAGGCACCCAAUCAGCUGACUCCCGUCUAUUCCAAGAGCUCCUCUGCAACGACAACUGUCGGUACAUCACAACCCAAGCCACCACCCGCCUCACUCAGUCUUCACGGCGGUGGAAUCGACGAGAAUCGUUUAACCCCAACGGCGAGUCCCAAGCCAUCGCGUCAUGCCUUGCGUUUGGGCAGUCGUUCACCAUCUCCGGCGCCCGCAUCCGUGUCACGUAAAAGCUCAUUUAGUUCCCUCUUUCGCCUGGGCAAGGAUUCGCCCGAUUCACCCAGAGAAAGCUCACGUUCACGCAGCAAGAGCAAGGAGCGACCCUCGACAGCCACCUCAAUGGGAAUGGGAUCGCAAAAUGUUACACCCAGCAAGCAGAAAUCCGUAUUGGCCAUUUUUAAGCCAGGCAAACGUGGCAGUAGCAGUUCGAAGAGCUCCUCCCCCAUUGAAACCUGUGAGCCACCGCCGCCACCACCACCAGCUCCCGCUCCAAGUGGCGCUUCGGGAGGACGCAGUCGGACGCCAGCUGGUUCUCGACCCAAUAGUCGUCUGAGGUAUUACGAUGAGCCUGUCGAAGGGUACAUACACAUACCUCUGCAUACACCGCCCGAGGAUCGUGAGGCUCUUACGCUAUUGCAAGGCAUCCAGAAGUUGGCAGCUCCUUCACCGCCACCGCAAAGUCACAAAGUACCUCUCGACUUUCCUCCAGGAGCAUCAACCACCGGCGGUGUGGCUCCCAUCACAGCCAGCCAAUUGGCGGCUGCCGCUGCUGCCCUCCGUCCUGUGAACCAGCGUAAGCCGCCGCAGCGUCCCGAUUUGGAUGCCAUUCAAUCACUGCCAUCGCAGGAGGAGGUCGAAAAAGAACGUGGAACAUGGAGUCUAGAGGUUCAACGUCAUAGCUCACAAGACUCACAGGAAACACUGCAGUCGGUUAGUUCUGUGGUAAGUGCAAGAGCCGCAAAUUUGGCCGCCCAUUUGCCAUCGUCAUCGACAAUGAUACGAGAGAAUGGUGUCGCAUCGGAAAUGCAACGUCUGCCCUCGGUGGAUAGCAAUCAGAGUGCCUGCGAGCCUCGUCUGGUUCAAACCGUGGCCACAGUCACCAGUGCACCCGUCGAGGAUGCAGCUGCCAAGGAGCGACGACGAUUGCUCUUCGCCACACGACUUGGAUCUGGCAGUCAGGAACAGCUAUUCUCCACCCAAUUCAGCAUUUCAAAGACAGAAAGUCAAUCGAGUCAGUUGUCCGAACAAGUGCUCGAGUCUACCAAUUCCACAGCAUCGGAAUGCACCAACGAUGGUCUUCAACGUCAGGGUACGGUCAUACGACGUACAGUGGACCCAGCUCAACCGCCGCCGCCGCCACCACCACGUGGUGGUGUCUCCAGUUCAGAAGAGGAACACGUUUCUGCCACACCCACACCCACACCCACAGCCACAACUCCAUCAACCGCCAUACCCAAUGUUGUGAUGCGUUCUAAACACAAAUCUCGCCCAACUUCAGAAGAUGAGGCCCCGGCAGUUCCACAAUUAUCGGAUGCCCGACACUCGAGAUAUCUAGAGAAUUUCGAUGUUCGAAAAAAGUAUCACGAAAAUGUUGCUGCUGUUGAAAAGCCUCAGGAAAAGAUUAUUGGAACGGCGACAAUACCCCGAAAACCCAAACGCCAGAGCAUUUCCACAGAGCCGAAACAAGCCACAACACCCACGACAUCGAUGCCAACUCCAGCAACCAAGCCACCGACUCCCACUGCAGUAGUUACUUCACCAAUUCAAAUUUCAUCUCCAGUUCAGAGUCCUAAACCUUGUCUGGAGUACGAGAGGCCACAACCAGAGAUCGUGACUGUGACCACGACUACCACCACAACCGCAAUAGCGACUUCACCGACUGGGGAUCAGCACUCACACUCUACGGAUGAACAUGAACCAAUCGAAUCGUCAGAAAGUGAACGUGAUUCAGAUAUGGCUGGGGGUAGCUCAUCGGUGGCUACAGCUGUCCAGGUUGGUGCUGAUGGCAAACGCCAUCAUUUUCCACGUAAUGUGUGUGUGAUCGAAGAGCACGAGAGCACCGGUCUUGUAUCCCAAGAAUCAUUUGACGAUGAGCUACCUUAUAUACCGACAACGUUGCCCGAGGAACGGGCUCAAGGUGUACCGCUUAUACCCAUGAAAGAGCGCGCCAAUAUGGAACUUAAGACAUGCCCUGUGGACAGGCCGCGAUCCACAACACCAUUAAAUCCAUCGCAUCUCGAAGAGUAUUGCACGGCAGGCAUAAUGACGCCACAGGAGGCGCCACAUGGAUGCCAUGAGCUUGAUCCCAGCAGCAGUGUUCUCAUGCGUGGCGAGAAGCUACGCAUCAGUUUGCCCCGCAAAGAGGCCGCCACAGUCAAGGAUAAAGAAAUCAAGAAUUCUAAAUCACCCCGUCGAAUUUCUAAUGCCAAUGGCAAGUCUUGGUUUGAGUUUGCCGAAGAAGGUUUGCGAGCCACAAACUUAGAGCGCAAGGACUCGAGCAAGCAAUUGUUGCCGGCAGCGGCAGUUACGGCUCCUGUCUCCUCUACCUCCUCUAAUCUGGAGGAACCCAAACCGAAGGCUUCCACACAGAGAAAACUAUCGGGUCAUUGGAUCGAUUUUGAAAAUAUACCAGAGAAGCGGAAACCCGCCAAACGCAUCACCACAUUGCCCAAAGAGACAAUAGCCACCAGCACAGCGGCAACAACCAGCUCAUCGUCGGCCUGUGCAGGAGGCGGUCAUCGUUCUGGCGGCCAUCAUCAUCAUCAACAUCAUCACCAUUCUCAUCAUCAGUCAUCGUCGCGACAACCGCCAGAUGUUACAGGCUCAAGUCCGAGUGAUAAGUUGCACUAUAACUAUGUGAAGCCAGAGGAUUGCCAAUGUGAAUGUCAUGAGGCAGAACGCGGAGAAUCAACAACAACCACAGCUGGAGGAGGGGCUGGAGAUGGCAGCACGGGUACAGGAACGGGUACUGGCACCGGUAGCGAAUCCCUGGCUUCAGUAGAUCUGCUACAGCAAGGCGAGGAUAUGCUACCCCUGUUGGAACCAGAAGUAUCUGUUGAAACCCGGACCUAUGCAGAUGCAGAGCUUUCGAUGACUUCUCAACGUCAAAGCGUCAAUAAGACUUCAGGUUCUCGGCUGGAUGAGUUCCCUCGUCGCGAGGCAGCACCAAGUAGCAGUCGGCAUCGCAAAUUUCCCGAUAGAAAGUAAGCCAUGUGCAUGUGCUUAUCCCAAAACUCCAUCAAGAACUCAAAUCACUUCCGCUCUCUAACUCUACACUACACAACACUACACUAUAAGACAACUCACUAUACUAAAUGGCCAUAAUUGUAUUGUAAUUGAUACUUUAUUGGCUUAUAUCCUUAAUGUACCUCAAGCAGUGCGGUUGUUACCAUUAUAAGAGCAAAGAACCGAAUAUGAAUAUGAAUGCCGAACGACGAACGAAGUAUUUCUGAUUCUAUUUAGCUAAAUAUUAUACGAUUACUACCUACUACUAUAUAGGUAUACAUACAUACA